AUGGCGGCAAGCGAUGUGAAGUGUGAUAAGAAACCAGAGACAUGUCUCUUGACGGUGAAGUAUUUACGACUUGAACUCUAUCACAGUAAGUUCCCCGACUCCAGGCGAGCGCAGAAAUCCCUCCACCCCUCCAAUAGUAAGAAGGCUUCCAUGGCUCAGCCAUACCAUCGAUCUACACUGGAGAUGACUUCAUCUGUGUUUGCUGAGUUUGUUUUAUGUGAAGAGGACAGCACUGUGUGUAUAGGUUUAAUAUCAAGAGUAUUCAUGGCAGACAAAGCUGUUGCUGGAAAUAUAAUGACAGCUAGUCCCAUAUCAGAUUUGAACCCCUUGUUUUUGGCAGCAGGGGUAACUCUUACCGUGAUGUCUAAAGAUCAGGGUACACGCCAGAUUGUAAUGGAUGAGAAGUUUUUCUUAGGAUACAGAAAAACUGCUGUCAAACCCGAAGAAGUCCUAGUCUCUGUUAAACUGCCUUUUAUGCAGCAGAAUGAGUAUUUCUUUGGAUACAAACAAGCCAACAGAAGGGAGGAUGACAUUGCUAUUGUAAAUGCAGGAAUUCAGGUUCAGUUUGAACCCAGUUCUAACAAUAUUAAAGGAAUGAGGCUGGCGUUUGGUGGUAUGGCCCCCACCACAGUGAUGGCUACAAAGGCAAUGAAAAACUGUAUAGGAAGGAAAUGGGAGGAUGACCUGGUAAAGGAUAUGGCUGACUGGUUAGCAGAUGAUCUCCCCUUACCUCCCGGCUCACCAGGGGGCAUGACUGAGUACAGACGAACUCUAUGCAUCAGCUUUUUCUACAAGUUUUACCUUACCGUCCUAAUGCAAAUAAGACAGAGGCUUCCAGGCAUAGUUCACAGUAAAGUUCCUGCCUCUCAUAAAAGUGCCACUGCCGUCUUCCAAAAAGAUCCAACGAAAAGUACACAGGUGUACGAGGAAGUCGCACCAGGUCAACUGGAACAGGAUCCACUCGGCCGACCCCUGACCCAUCUAUCAGCAGACAAACAAGCCUCAGGAGAAGCUAUCUAUAUUGAUGAUAUUCCUCUUUAUGAGA